AGGGCUGUCUGACCUCACCCACCACCUCCAACCAGGAAUGUCCCGCUCAGCCGUCCUGGCCCUUAAUGUUGGGGCCCAGGCCCCAGAGGCUCUGUCCCUACUGCACCAGCGCCUGUUGUUGGCUGAGAAGGAGGCUGAAGGGCGUAUUCAAGACAUGGGUGCUCUUGGGGUAUCCAGGGACCAAAUCUUGGGAUCUGCACAGAGAAUAGACGCUACUCAGCACCCUAUAAGUCCUCUGAAGAUGCCUUGGGUCCUUGGGGAUGAAGGCAUACUGUGGCAACAGUGUGACUCUCUAGUGACCCGGGUGUGUCGCAUGGAAAGUCUGCUACAGACCCUCAAACUCACCAUCUUCCGCCUAGAGACUGAGAGAGAGCUGGAUCCCUCUCACACAGCUCAUCUGAAGCAGCAGCUGGCAGCGCUGCAGCAGGAGAGUCAGGAGGAGUAUCAGGCCUCCAGGAGGGAGGUGAUGAAGCUCAGGGACCGACUUCAGCAGGCUUACCAGGAAAGAGACGAGGCUCGCACAGAGGUGCAGAUGCUGGGGGAGACCGUGGAGGUAGCUAGUGCCGCCAAGAUGGAUGUGGCUUUGGCUGCCAAGGAGCUGAAGAUUGUCAAAUUAGAGAUGAGUCAGAAACUGAUAGAGAUGAAAGAGCAGAUGAGACAAGAGUCGGCCCGCUCCGAUGAAGCCAUGGUAUCUCACAGCAAGCUUCUCCAGCAUGUUGAGGAGAUGGAGAGAGUGAUGGAGAUGGAGAGGAGACAGGCUGUGCGGCUGAGGUCGGAUUGCCAGGUCUUGCAAGUGCAGGUCCAGACCAGCCAGCAGCAACUGGAAGAAGAAAAAGACAGAGGCAGGCAGCUGGAGGAACACUGUCAGGAACUCAAAGAACAAACAGCAAUGAAGGACUCCCUUGUGUCUGAGUUGAAAACUGAACUGAAAGCUGAGAGGAGUCGUGUGGUCAAGCAACUACAAGAGCGAGACGUGCAGCUGGAGGCAGUCAGACGCAACAUUCAGACUGAGCUGCGUGUGGCGCUAACAAAUAAAGUUAGCCUGCAGCUGCAGCUAGAGAAGCUCGAAGGUGAACAUGCACAGCUCGUGCAGAGGUCUUCCACUGCACAAGAGACAGCAGUCACUCAGAGGGAACUAUUGGAGCGAACCAUUGAGAGGCUACGGGGGGAGCUGAACACUGCCAAAAAAGAGGAGGCGGCAAUGAGGAAAGACCUGGAGGGUUCAAAACAUGAAUUAUGUCUUGUUGUCACGAAGUUGGAGGGUGAGAGGAGCAGUCUGGAGAGCCAACUCAGUGAGGCCAAGCGGGAGAUGGUAUCUCUGAGCUCAGCCUUACACAGCCAGCAAGUUGAAAACAGAUGGCUCAUGGGACAAAAGAUCAGUGAGCUGGAGGCCUUGCAGGGAGUCUGUGGUCCUGCAGGAGCUGUUGCAAGUCAAGCCCUUGAAAGCAUCCUGGCCUCCCAUACCAGCCUCCAACUCAACAGUAGGAACCUGCAGCAGGACCUGGGGGGUCGAGAGCAGGAGCUGGCCACGCUCAAGAUCGACAGGCUGCAGGCUCAGAGAGAAAUCAGGAAACACCAAGUAGAGGUGGAGAAACUCCAGCGACUCCUGACAACUACUCACUCCAAGAACAACAAAGCUAAGGCCUCGGAUACAGCCAAAGUAGACAACAAGAGGCUGGCUCAGAGUUUGGAGCAGGCUGUGUUGACCAACAGCAGUUUACACAGCAAACUGGAGCAGGCCAGAGACCAGCACCAGGCUACCAUCACACUGAGAGAUGAGGAGUUGCGUGAGGCUCGGACAAAGAUUAGUCAUUUGUCCGAAGAGCUGGGCUCUAUAAAGCAACAAACAAGGGAAGACUAUGAAUCUUCCAUGGAGACACUGCAUCGAGAAAUCUCAGAGCUAAAAAUGAGAGUUAAAGACUCGUCCAAUGGGUCAAGUCACCUGUCCAGGGCCAAUCAGGAGCUCCGCCGACGGGUGUCUGAGCUUGAGUGGCUGGUGUCCAAACAGAAAGCUUGUAUCAGAGAGCAGAGGAGCCAGCUGAGGCAGCAGCAGGACAACUCUCAGACAGUUGAGGUCCUAGUACAGAGAUAGGAGAGAAGGUUGGGACCAUGAUUGAGGCAAGGCCAGGACAGAGGUUUGAGGAGAGAAUCAGGAAUCUGCACGAGAAAGAGCAAGCUGACAGCAAGCCCCAGGAGGUUAGAAUGUCCCAGCCGGUUUUACACAAACGGGAGGCAGAGUGGGAGAGGUGGACUUCUACCAUCCAACGCUGGGAGGACAAGAGAGAGCUGGCUCAUAUCGCUGCAGAAUCCAAGCCUGUGAGGACACAGCUGACAACACAAUCACACUGACAGAUAAUAACCCACGUAUCUCACACAAACACACACCUGCCCACAGACUAAAGCAACAUGACACAGUGAUCCUUUGUAUUUAUUCAAACAUUAAACGAUGACCAACAAAGAGGAAGAGAUAGCAGCCAUGUGCGAAAUAGCAGCUAUGAGUCAGACAUCUGUGUGUUUGAUGUCCUCCAUCUAUAUCGAUCCGAAUUUAAUGGUCAGGAGGGAAACAUGCACUCUCAUCAAAACAAACUGUACAACCAUAACAUCUGAUAUACUUCUUCACUGUACAAAGAUUCAUAUUUUGUGUACCAACAGAUUGUUUAUACAAAAGUAAUUAUUUUUAAAUAACACUGCGUACAAAUGUAUGAUUCUCUAUCUACCAUAGUUUGCACUUCUUAUGUACAGAGUGUUGGCUUGUUAUUUGGUGAGUUAACUGUGAAUAUACUGUAUAAUGGGACCUCACGCUCUCCCUCUCACUUGAAUCCCAGAUUGUAUAAGAUCAUUUAGAGUUCAUCAAGAAAGACAGAGCUGUGAAUAGUCCAAUAGCAGAGUUGUAGUAGGUGUUGUCCGUGCUGUGGAUUCCAGUAAAGAAACACAUUAUUUUCUUCUCUUUUUUUCAUCCAAUAUUUGAUAAGUAUACCAGCUCCUUUAUGAUUGUACCGCAGGCUGAAGAGUUGAAUGUAGAUAUAGACGCAAAGAUCCUCCAUUUGGCGCUUUGCUACAAAUCCUGAGAAAAACAUCCACCAUAAGUCCACCUUGUUUUGUUUUUUUAAAAAUGUUGACAAAUCUUAAAAACGUACAAACACUCACAGUAACAAGACGAAUGCAGGCAAACGAUUACAACAGUCAUGACGGUUGAACAGUGACCAUUGCUCUCUGCAGCCACAAGAGCGUAGCAUUGCGAGAGAAAUCAAACUCCAAUACCAAACUGAAAAGAAGACCAGCAUGUUGGCAGGCACAAGGAUGCUACUGAGCUCAGUUCACUUUAAAUUGGUCUUUGUCCGUUUUACAUCAGGUACUGAAAUCCCUGUUGCUGCCAAUCUGUAAUCUUCUGAUAUGCUAAAGUUUUUCUACUUGAUGCUACAAAGAAGAGAAACAAUUGAGGAAACAUAAAAAAAUAGCUUAUGAAUUCUAC